AUGGCGAGCGCCUUGUUCCGUUACCUGAGCCCCAAUUCCGUCACGACCAUGUUGUCGCUGGACAACACCAUCAUGGCCGUCCACGAGGAUGAUGCCGGCUCCCCAACCAUGCCCGCGACCGAGUCCAUGAUUGCUGACUUGAAGACCACGGCUAGCAACCAGCGGACUAAGAAUCAGUUCCGUCCCCGCGUGGGCAAGGGCGGCGGCGCCACCAGCUACCAGCUCCGACAGUAUGCCGAGGUCACGUUGGGCGGAGGUAGCUUGCGAAAGGUGGUCAAGCUGCCCGAAGGCGAGGACGAGAACGAGUGGCUGGCCGUCAACAUGGUGGAUUUCUACAACCAGAUCAACCUGCUCUACGGAGCCAUUACCGAGUUUUGCUCACCCCAGUCCUGCCCCGAGAUGAAGGCAACAGACGAAUUCGAAUACCUCUGGCAAGACAACGAAAAUUAUAAGAAGCCGACCAAGAUGGCCGCCCCGGCGUACAUCGAGCAACUCAUGACGUGGGUGCAGUCCAAUAUCGACAACGAAUCCGUGCUUCCAAGCAAGAUUGGCGUUCCCUUCCCCAAGUCAUUCCCGGCCCUUGUCCGCCAAAUCUUCAAGCGCAUGUACCGCGUGUACGCGCACAUCUACUGCCACCACUACCCCGUGAUUCGAGAGCUCGGCCUGGAGCCUCACUUGAACACGAGCUUCAAGCAAUACGUGCUCUUCGUUGACGAGCACGGCCUAGCAAGCGGCAGAGACUACUGGGGUCCUCUGGGCGACCUUGUCGACAGCAUGCUCAAGAGCGACUGA